GGAAAAUGACGGAACCAAUGGAAGUAAGUACAGAGCCUGGGAUAGAGUGCUAUGCUAUGAACAACAUGUUUAGAGGACAUGCUGUUAUUAUCGCUAAUGAGAAUUUUACAGGGAAUGUGCCAAACCGUUCUGGAGCAAAAAUGGAUGCUUUGAAAAUGGAAACUUUAUUCAAAGCUCUCGAUUUCCAUGUGUCAGUAUUUAAGGCUUUGACUUCAUCAGACAUGAAAAAAAUAAUAAAGCAAGCCAGUAAAUCAUAUGUGAAUUUGGAUGCGGAUUGCUUCGUCCUUGUAUUGAGUACACACGGGCAUGAGGAAGAGGUAACAGAAACCCCAAUGCAUAUGCAUCUACCACAAGAUGCGGCGGUCUGGCGUCACGCUGUACUUGGGACUGACGGACUGCCAGUGUACGUGGAUGAUAUUCUAGAACUCUUUGAUAGUAAGAGUGAUCAAAAGAGUUUUUUAAAGGAGAAACCAAAAUUAUUUUUCUUACAGGCUUGUAGAUCAGGUCACCUUGCAUACAGGGACGGAGCCUUGGCCAGUUAUGACACAGGGGCAAAAGUUAAAGUGUCCAUUUCAUCUACCAAUUUGUCAAACAUUCAACCAUCAGAUGCUGGGCUACACGAUGACAAAUUCGCUGAUCUAGUGACCACUCUAUCCUCUUGUAGAAUCAGCCAAGAAUGUGUUAACGAAACAGACAGUUGGUUACCUAGAAGGGAUUCGCCACAACAAAAUGUUGCAGGACCUGUCGAAACAGACCCCCCAACCCCAGUGCCAAUAAGACCUGUUCGGCAGUCAACAUACGAUAUUGUUGCAUUAACAUGUCCAGAUGAUUGUCUUAUCAUGUACCCUGUUACAUCAG